AUGCCUGAUGAGCCCUCUAAUGAGAAGUUGGAUAGAGAUGAUGAGCCACCAGCAAACUCAGUAGAAACUAUUUCAGAAUGGCCUGAUGAGCCCUCUAAUGGGAAGUUGGAUAGAGAUGAUGAGCCACCAGCAAACUCAGUAGAAACUAUUUCAGAAUGGCCUGAUGAGCCCUCUAAUGGGAAGUUGGAUAGAGAUGAUGAGCCACCAGCAAACUCAGUAGAAACUAUUUCAGAAUGGCCUGAUGAGCCCUCUAAUGAGAAGUUGGAUAGAGAUGAUGAGCCACCAGCAAACUCAGUAGAAACUAUUGCAGAAUGGCCUGAUGAGCCCUCUAAUGGGAAGUUGGAUAGAGAUGAUGAGCCACCAGAAGACUCAGUAGAAACUAUUGCAGAAUGGCCUGAUGAGCCCUCUAAUGAGAAGUUGGAUAGAGAUGAUGAGCCACCAGCAAACUCAGUAGAAACUAUUGCAGAAUGGCCUGAUGAGCCCUCUAAUGGGAAGUUGGAUAGAGAUGAUGAGCCACCAGAAGACUCAUUGGAUAGAGAUGAUGAGCCACCAGCAAACUCAGUAGAAACUAUUGCACAAUGGCCUGAUGAGCCAUCUAAUGAGAAGUUGGAUAGAGAUGAUGAGCCACCAGCACACUCAGUAGAAACUAUUGCACAAUGGCAUGAUGAGCCCUCUAAUGAGAAGUUGAAUACGGAUGAUGAGGCAACAGCACACUCAGUAGAAACUAUUGCAGAAUGGCCUGACGAGCCCUCUAAUAAGAAGUUGGAUAGAGAUGAUGAGCCACCAGCAGACUCAGUAGAAACUAUUGCACAAUGGCCUGAUGAGCCCUCUAAUGAGAAGUUGGAUAGAGAUGAUGAGCCACCAGCACACUCAGUAGAAACUAUUGCACAAUGGCCUGAUGAGCCAUCUAAUGAGAAGUUGAAUACGGAUGAUGAGGCAACAGCACACUCAGUAGAAACUAUUGCACAAUGGCCUGAUGAGCCAUCUAAUGAGAAGUUGGAUAGAGAUGAUGAGCCACCAGCACACUCAGUAGAAACUAUUGCAGAAUGGCCUGACGAGCCCUCUAAUAAGAAGUUGGAUAGAGAUGAUGAGCCACCAGCAGACUCAGUAGAAACUAUUGCAGAAUGGCCUGAUGAGCCCUCUAAUGAGAAGUUGGAUAGAGAUGAUGAGCCACCAGCAAACUCAGUAGAAACUAUUGCAGAAUGGCCUGAUGAGCCCUCUAAUGGGAAGUUGGAUAGAGAUGAUGAGCCACCAGAAGACUCAGUAGAAACUAUUGCAGAAUGGCCUGAUGAGCCCUCUAAUGAGAAGUUGGAUAGAGAUGAUGAGCCACCAGCACACUCAGUAGAAACUAUUGCACAAUGGCCUGAUGAGCCCUCUAAUGAGAAGUUGAAUACGGAUGAUGAGGCAACAGCACACUCAGUAGAAACUAUUGCACAAUGGCCUGAUGAGCCAUCUAAUGAGAAGUUGGAUAGAGAUGAUGAGCCACCAGCACACUCAGUAGAAACUAUUGCAGAAUGGCCUGAUGAGCCCUCUAAUAAGAAGUUGGAUAGAGAUGAUGAGCCACCAGCACACUCAGUAGAAACUAUUGCACAAUGGCCUGAUGAGCCCUCUAAUGAGAAGUUGGAUAGAGAUGAUGAGCCACCAGCAAACUCAGUAGAAACUAUUGCAGAAUGGCCUGAUGAGCCCUCUAAUGGGAAGUUGGAUAGAGAUGAUGAGCCACCAGAAGACUCAGUAGAAACUAUUGCAGAAUGGCCUGAUGAGCCCUCUAAUGAGAAGUUGGAUAGAGAUGAUGAGCCACCAGCAAACUCAGUAGAAACUAUUGCACAAUGGCCUGAUGAGCCAUCUAAUGAGAAGUUGAAUACGGAUGAUAAGGCAACAGCACACUCAGUAGAAACUAUUGCACAAUGGCCUGAUGAGCCCUCUACUGAGAAAAUGCCUGAUGAGCCCUCUAAUGAGAAGUUGGAUAGAGAUGAUGAGCCACCAGCAAACUCAGUAGAAACUAUUUCAGAAUGGCCUGAUGAGCCCUCUAAUGGGAAGUUGGAUAGAGAUGAUGAGCCACCAGCAAACUCAGUAGAAACUAUUUCAGAAUGGCCUGAUGAGCCCUCUAAUGGGAAGUUGGAUAGAGAUGAUGAGCCACCAGCAAACUCAGUAGAAACUAUUUCAGAAUGGCCUGAUGAGCCCUCUAAUGAGAAGUUGGAUAGAGAUGAUGAGCCACCAGCAAACUCAGUAGAAACUAUUGCAGAAUGGCCUGAUGAGCCCUCUAAUGGGAAGUUGGAUAGAGAUGAUGAGCCACCAGAAGACUCAGUAGAAACUAUUGCAGAAUGGCCUGAUGAGCCCUCUAAUGAGAAGUUGGAUAGAGAUGAUGAGCCACCAGAAGACUCACCCUCUAAUGGGAAGUUGGAUAGAGAUGAUGAGCCACCAGCAAACUCAGUAGAAACUAUUGCAGAAUGGCCUGAUGAGCCCUCUAAUGAGAAGUUGGAUAGAGAUGAUGAGCCACCAGAAGACUCAGUAGAAACUAUUGCAGAAUGGCCUGAUGAGCCCUCUAAUGAGAAGUUGGAUAGAGAUGAUGAGCCACCAGCAAACUCAGUAGAAACUAUUGCAGAAUGGCCUGAUGAGCCCUCUAAUGGGAAGUUGGAUAGAGAUGAUGAGCCACCAGAAGACUCAUUGGAUAGAGAUGAUGAGCCACCAGCAAACUCAGUAGAAACUAUUGCACAAUGGCCUGAUGAGCCAUCUAAUGAGAAGUUGGAUAGAGAUGAUGAGCCACCAGCACACUCAGUAGAAACUAUUGCACAAUGGCAUGAUGAGCCCUCUAAUGAGAAGUUGAAUACGGAUGAUGAGGCAACAGCACACUCAGUAGAAACUAUUGCAGAAUGGCCUGACGAGCCCUCUAAUGGGAAGUUGGAUAGAGAUGAUGAGCCACCAGCAAACUCAGUAGAAACUAUUUCAGAAUGGCCUGAUGAGCCCUCUAAUGGGAAGUUGGAUAGAGAUGAUGAGCCACCAGAAGACUCAGUAGAAACUAUUGCACAAUGGCCUGAUGAGCCCUCUAAUGGGAAGUUGGAUAGAGAUGAUGAGCCACCAGCAAACUCAGUAGAAACUAUUGCACAAUGGCCUGAUGAGCCCUCUAAUGAGAAGUUGGAUAGAGAUGAUGAGCCACCAGCAAACUCAGUAGAAACUAUUUCAGAAUGGCCUGAUGAGCCCUCUAAUGGGAAAAUGCCUGAUGAGCCCUCUAAUGAGAAGUUGGAUAGAGAUGAUGAGCCACCAGCAAACUCAGUAGAAACUAUUUCAGAAUGGCCUGAUGAGCCCUCUAAUGGGAAGUUGGAUAGAGAUGAUGAGCCACCAGCAAACUCAGUAGAAACUAUUUCAGAAUGGCCUGAUGAGCCCUCUAAUGGGAAGUUGGAUAGAGAUGAUGAGCCACCAGCAAACUCAGUAGAAACUAUUUCAGAAUGGCCUGAUGAGCCCUCUAAUGAGAAGUUGGAUAGAGAUGAUGAGCCACCAGCAAACUCAGUAGAAACUAUUGCAGAAUGGCCUGAUGAGCCCUCUAAUGGGAAGUUGGAUAGAGAUGAUGAGCCACCAGAAGACUCAGUAGAAACUAUUGCAGAAUGGCCUGAUGAGCCCUCUAAUGAGAAGUUGGAUAGAGAUGAUGAGCCACCAGAAGACUCACCCUCUAAUGGGAAGUUGGAUAGAGAUGAUGAGCCACCAGCAAACUCAGUAGAAACUAUUGCAGAAUGGCCUGAUGAGCCCUCUAAUGAGAAGUUGGAUAGAGAUGAUGAGCCACCAGAAGACUCAGUAGAAACUAUUGCAGAAUGGCCUGAUGAGCCCUCUAAUGAGAAGUUGGAUAGAGAUGAUGAGCCACCAGCAAACUCAGUAGAAACUAUUGCAGAAUGGCCUGAUGAGCCCUCUAAUGGGAAGUUGGAUAGAGAUGAUGAGCCACCAGAAGACUCAUUGGAUAGAGAUGAUGAGCCACCAGCAAACUCAGUAGAAACUAUUGCACAAUGGCCUGAUGAGCCAUCUAAUGAGAAGUUGGAUAGAGAUGAUGAGCCACCAGCACACUCAGUAGAAACUAUUGCACAAUGGCAUGAUGAGCCCUCUAAUGAGAAGUUGAAUACGGAUGAUGAGGCAACAGCACACUCAGUAGAAACUAUUGCAGAAUGGCCUGACGAGCCCUCUAAUAAGAAGUUGGAUAGAGAUGAUGAGCCACCAGCAGACUCAGUAGAAACUAUUGCACAAUGGCCUGAUGAGCCCUCUAAUGGGAAGUUGGAUAGAGAUGAUGAGCCACCAGAAGACUCAGUAGAAACUAUUGCAGAAUGGCCUGAUGAGCCCUCUAAUGAGAAGUUGAAUACGGAUGAUGAGGCAACAGCACACUCAGUAGAAACUAUUGCACAAUGGCCUGAUGAGCCAUCUAAUGAGAAGUUGGAUAGAGAUGAUGAGCCACCAGCACACUCAGUAGAAACUAUUGCAGAAUGGCCUGAUGAGCCCUCUAAUAAGAAGUUGGAUAGAGAUGAUGAGCCACCAGCACACUCAGUAGAAACUAUUGCACAAUGGCCUGAUGAGCCCUCUAAUGAGAAGUUGGAUAGAGAUGAUGAGCCACCAGCAAACUCAGUAGAAACUAUUGCAGAAUGGCCUGAUGAGCCCUCUAAUGGGAAGUUGGAUAGAGAUGAUGAGCCACCAGAAGACUCAGUAGAAACUAUUGCAGAAUGGCCUGAUGAGCCCUCUAAUGAGAAGUUGGAUAGAGAUGAUGAGCCACCAGCAAACUCAGUAGAAACUAUUGCACAAUGGCCUGAUGAGCCAUCUAAUGAGAAGUUGGAUAGAGAUGAUGAGCCACCAGCACACUCAGUAGAAACUAUUGCAGAAUGGCCUGACGAGCCCUCUAAUAAGAAGUUGGAUAGAGAUGAUGAGCCACCAGCAGACUCAGUAGAAACUAUUGCAGAAUGGCCUGACGAGCCCUCUAAUAAGAAGUUGGAUAGAGAUGAUGAGCCACCAGCAGACUCAGUAGAAACUAUUGCAGAAUGGCCUGAUGAGCCCUCUAAUGGGAAGUUGGAUAGAGAUGAUGAGCCACCAGAAGACUCAGUAGAAACUAUUGCAGAAUGGCCUGAUGAGCCCUCUAAUGAGAAGUUGGAUAGAGAUGAUGAGCCACCAGCACACUCAGUAGAAACUAUUGCACAAUGGCCUGAUGAGCCCUCUAAUGAGAAGUUGAAUACGGAUGAUGAGGCAACAGCACACUCAGUAGAAACUAUUGCAGAAUGGCCUGACGAGCCCUCUAAUAAGAAGUUGGAUAGAGAUGAUGAGCCACCAGCAGACUCAGUAGAAACUAUUGCAGAAUGGCCUGAUGAGCCCUCUAAUGAGAAGUUGGAUAGAGAUGAUGAGCCACCAGCAAACUCAGUAGAAACUAUUGCAGAAUGGCCUGAUGAGCCCUCUAAUGGGAAGUUGGAUAGAGAUGAUGAGCCACCAGAAGACUCAGUAGAAACUAUUGCAGAAUGGCCUGAUGAGCCCUCUAAUGAGAAGUUGGAUAGAGAUGAUGAGCCACCAGCAAACUCAGUAGAAACUAUUGCACAAUGGCCUGAUGAGCCAUCUAAUGAGAAGUUGGAUAGAGAUGAUGAGCCACCAGCACACUCAGUAGAAACUAUUGCACAAUGGCAUGAUGAGCCCUCUAAUGAGAAGUUGAAUACGGAUGAUGAGGCAACAGCACACUCAGUAGAAACUAUUGCAGAAUGGCCUGACGAGCCCUCUAAUAAGAAGUUGGAUAGAGAUGAUGAGCCACCAGCAGCCUCAGUAGAAACUGUUGCACAAUGGCCUGAUGAGCCCUCUAACGAGAAGUUGGAUAGAGAUGAUGAGCCACCAGCACACUCAGUAGAAACUAUUGCACAAUGGCCUGAUGAGCCCUCUAAUGGGAAGUUGGAUAGAGAUGAUGAGCCACCAGAAGACUCAGUAAGAACUAUUGCACAAUGGCUUGAUGAGGCCUCUAAUGAGAAGUUGAAUACGGAUGAUGAGGCAACAGCACACUCAGUAGAAACUAUUGCAGAAUGGCCUGAUGAGCCCUCUAAUGAGAAGUUGGAUAGAGAUGAUGAGCCACCAGCAAACUCAGUAGAAACUAUUGCACAAUGGCCUGAUGAGCCCUCUAAUGAGAAGUUGAAUACAGAUGAUGAGCCACCAGCACACUCAGUAGAAACUAUUGCACAAUGGCCUGAUGAGCCAUCCAACGAGAAAUUGGAUAGAUAUGAUGAGCCACCAGCACACUCAUUGAAACUAUUGCACAAUGGCCUGAUGAGCCCUCUAAUGAGAAGUUGGAUAGAGAUGAUGAGCCACCAGCACACUCACACACUCAUUGAAACUAUUGCACAAUGGCCUGAUGAGCCCUCUAAUGAGAAGUUGGAUAGAGAUGAUGAGCCACCAGAAGACUCAGUAGAAACUAUUGCAGAAUGUCCUGAUGAGCCCUCUAAUGAGAAGUUGAAUACGGAUGAUGAGGCAACAGCACACUCAGUAGAAACUAUUGCACAAUGGCCUGAUGAGCCCUCUACUGAGAAGUUUGAUAGAGAUGAUGAGCCACCAGCACACUCAGUAGAAACUAUUGCACAAUGGCCUGAUGAGCCCUCUAAUGAGAAGUUGGAUACAGACGAUGAGCCACCAGCACACUCAUUGGAUAAAGAUGAUGAGCCACCAGCAGACUCAGUAGAAACUAUUGCAGAAUGGCCUGAUGAGCCGUCUAAUGAGAAGUUGAAUACAGAUGAUGAGCCACCAGCACACUCAGUAGAAACUAUUGCACAAUGGCCUGAUGAGCCAUCCAACGAGAAAUUGGAUAGAUAUGAUGAGCCACCAGCACACUCAUUGAAACUAUUGCACAAUGGCCUGAUGAGCCCUCUAAUGAGAAGUUGGAUAGAGAUGAUGAGCCACCAGCACACUCACACACUCAUUGAAACUAUUGCACAAUGGCCUGAUGAGCCCUCUAAUGAGAAGUUGGAUAGAGAUGAUGAGCCACCAGAAGACUCAGUAGAAACUAUUGCAGAAUGGCCUGAUGAGCCCUCUAAUGAGAAGUUGAAUACGGAUGAUGAGGCAACAGCACACUCAGUAGAAACUAUUGCACAAUGGCCUGAUGAGCCCUCUACUGAGAAGUUUGAUAGAGAUGAUGAGCCACCAGCACACUCAGUAGAAACUAUUGCACAAUGGCCUGAUGAGCCCUCUAAUGAGAAGUUGGAUACAGACGAUGAGCCACCAGCACACUCAUUGGAUAAAGAUGAUGAGCCACCAGCAGACUCAGUAGAAACUAUUGCAGAAUGGCCUGAUGAGCCGUCUAAUGAGAAGUUGGAUAGAGAUGAUGUGCCACCAGCACACUCAGCUGAAACUAUUCCACAAUGGCCAGAUGAGUCCUCUAAUGAGAAGUUGGAUACAGAUGAUGAGCCCCCAGCACACUCAGUAGAAACUAUAGCAGAAUGGCCUGAUGAGCCCUCUAAUGAGAAGUUGGACAGAGAUGAUGAGCCACCAGCACACUCAGUAGAAACUAUUGUAGAAUGGCCUGAUGAGCCAUCUAAUGAGAAAUUGGAUAGAGAUGAUGAGCCACGAGGACACUCAGUAGAAACUAUAGCAGAAUGGCCUGAUGAGCCGUCUAAUGAGAAGUUGGAUAGAGAUGAUGUGCCACCAGCACACUCAGCUGAAACUAUUGCACAAUGGCCUGAUGAGCCAUCUAAUGAGAAAUUGGAUAGAGAUGAUGAGCCACGAGGACACUCAUUGUAUAUUAAUGAUGAGCCACCAGCACACUCAGUUCAAACUACUACAGACUGGCCUGAUGAGCCCCCUAAUGAGAAGUUGGAUAGAUAUGAUGAGCCACCAGCACACUCAGUAGAAACUAUCGCACAAUGGCCUGAUGAUCCCUCUACUGAGAAGUUUGAUAGAGAUGAUGAGCCACCAGCAAACUCAGUAGAAACUAUUGCACAAUGGCCUGAUGAGCCAUCUAACGAGAAAUUGGAUAGAGAUGAUGAGCCACCAGCACACUCAUUGAAACUAUUGCACAAUGGCCUGAUGAGCCCUUUGAAUACGGAUGAUGAGGCAACAGCACACUCAGUAGAAACUAUUGCAGAAUGGCCUGAUGAGCCCUCUAAUGAGAAGUUGGAUAGAUAUGAUGAGCUACCAGCACACUCAGUAGAAACUAUCGCACAAUGGCCUGACGAGACCCCUAAUAAGAAGUUGGAUAGAGAUGAUGAGCCACCAGCAAACUCAGUAGAAACUAUUGCACAAUGGCUUGAUGAGCCUUCUAAUGAGAAGUUGGAUAGAGAUGAUGAGCCACCAGCACACUCAGUAGAAACUAUUGCACAAUGGCCUGAUGAGCCCUCUAAUGAGAAGUUGGAUAGAGAUGAUGAGCCACCAGCACACUCAGUAGAAACUAUUGCAGAAUGGCCUGAUGAGCCCUCUAAUGAGAAGUUGGAUAGGUAUGAUGAGCCACCAGCACACUCAGUAGAAACUAUUGCACAAUGGCCUGAUGAGCCCUCUAAUGAGAAGUUGGAUAGAGAUGAUGAGCCACCAGCACACUCAGUUGAAACUAUUGCACAAUGGCCUGAUGAGCCCUCGAAUGAGAAGUUGGAUAGAGAUGAUGAGCCACCAGCACACUCAGUAGAAACUAUUGCACAAUGGCCUGAUGAGCCCUCUAAUGAGAAGUUGGAUAGAGAUGAUGAGCCACCAGCACACUCAGUAGAAACUAUUGUAGAAUGGCCUGAUGAGCCCUCUAAUGAGAAGUUGGAUAGAGAUGAUGAGCCACCAGCACACUCAGUAGAAACUAUUGCACAAUGGCCUGAUGAGCCCUUUAAUGAGAAGUUGGAUAGAGAUCAUGAGCCACCAGCGCACUCAGUAGAAACUAUUGCACAAUGGCCUGAUGAGCCCUUAAAUGAGAAGUUGGAUAGAGAUCAUGAGCCACCAGCACACUCAGUAGAAACUAUUGCAGAAUGGCCUGAUGAGCCCUCUAAUGAGAAGUUGGAUAGGUAUGAUGAGCCACCAGCACACUCAGUUGAAACUAUUGCACAAUGGCCUGAUGAGCCCUCUAAUGAGAAGUUGGAUAGAGAUGAUGAGCCACCAGAAGAUUCAGUAGAAACUAUUGCACAAUGGCCUGAUGAGCCCUCUAAUGAGAAGUUGAAUACGGAUGAUGAGGCAACAGCACACUCAGUAGAAACUAUUGCACAAUGGCCUGAUGAACCCUCUAAUGAGAAGUUGGAUUGA